AUGGCUCCUGCACGAACUGACACCAACUGGUCGGUCCAGUAUGACACGUUGCGCCGUGAGAACCUUUUCCAAAACCCGCCUAAGGACCAUACCGCUUAUCCGACCUUGGCCGAGUCAAUUAAGCCGCAUAUCGACUCAUUCAACCAACUUUUCGGUGGAAGCAAGAUCCUUGAGGAGGGCUUGAAGGAUAUCGGCACUAAGACGUUUUUGGAUGGAGAAAUUGAGACCCCCGAACAGAAGAAGGCUCGCAUCGCCGAGGGUCGUCGGGCGCCCAAGCGCAAUCGCCUGAACGUGCGAGUCACCGAAAUUUUCCUCGACAAGCCCGCUCUCCCGCCAACCAACAAAUUCAGCCACAAGAAUCGAAAUAUCUACCCUUCGGAGUGCCGAGAGCGCCACUCGACCUAUCGUGGAAAGCUUCGCGCUCGUCUCGAGUAUCAGAUCAACAAUGGCGACUGGAUGGAAUCUGUGCGCGAGCUGGGUCAGGUCCCCAUCAUGAUGCGCACAAACCGCUGUCACCUUGAGAAUGCAACCCCGCAGGAUCUCGUCACAUACAAGGAGGAGUCCGAGGAGCUUGGCGGAUACUUCAUUGUGAACGGCAAUGAGAAGCUGAUCCGAAUGUUGAUCGUCGGCAAGCGAAACUAUCCUAUGUCCAUUAUCCGUGGCUCCUUUGUCAAGCGUGGUCACACUUAUACCAAGUUCGGUGUGCAAAUACGAUCAGUUCGUCCCGAUCAGACGUCGCAGACGAAUGUCCUGCACUACCUUUCCGAUGGCAAUGUCACUUUCCGUUUCUCCUGGCGCAAGAACGAGUUCCUUGUCCCCGUCAUGAUGAUCCUUAAGGCUUUGGUAGAGACCAAUGACCGUGAGAUCUUUGAAACACUCGUCGGAAGUGCCACUUCCAAGGGCAUGAAGAACACCUUCGUCACGGAUCGUGUCGAGCUUUUGCUCCGAACCUAUCAGGCCUACAACAAGCACAGCCGCUACGACUGCCGAUCCCAUUUGGGCAAAUGUUUCCGACCUGUCCUCGGCGUGCCGGCUGACAUGUCGGACGAGGAUGUGGGUACGGAGUUCCUGCGCAAGGUGGUUCUGCCUCAUCUGGGCAAUCACAACGUGACCGAGACUCAAGACUAUGACAAGUUCAAGAUGAUCAUUUUCAUGAUUCGGAAACUGUAUGCCUUGGUUGCUGGCGACUGCGCCCCCGACAACCCUGAUGCAGUCUCCAACCAGGAGAUUUUGCUGGGUGGUUUCCUUUACGGUAUGAUCUUGAAGGAGCGAAUUGAAGAGUGGCUGCGUUCGUUUGGUCCCAUUGCUCGAGACUGGUCAAUUCGCAAUGGCGGUGCCAAGUUCUCCGAUCCUGCGUUCGAGAGAGAGUUCCUCGCCAAGAUCGUGAAGCGAUCAAACGAGAACAUCGGUAACGCUCUUGAAUACUUCUUGUCCACCGGUAACUUGGUCAGUCCCACCGGUCUUGAUCUUCAGCAGACAUCCGGUUACACUGUUAUCGCCGAGAAGAUCAACUUCUAUCGUUUCAUCAGUCACUUCCGUAUGAUUCAUCGUGGUAGUUUCUUCGCACAGUUGAAGACCACCACCGUCCGCAAGCUACUACCCGAGAGUUGGGGUUUCCUUUGCCCGGUCCACACACCCGAUGGUUCUCCUUGCGGUCUGCUCAACCAUUUGGCCCAUAAGUGUCUCAUCGCCACAGACAAUCUCGAUGUCUCUCACCUUCCGAAGAUUCUCGUCCAGCUUGGAGUCAGAGCCGAGUCGUCCGUCGCUAUUGAUGACAGCGUUGUCAUCCAAUUGGAUGGUCGCAUCAUCGGUUUCUGCUCACCAACGCAGGCUAAGCAGAUUCACGAUACACUCCGUUACUGGAAGGUGUCUGGGAUGAAUGGAAUUCCCCGUGGGCUUGAGAUUGGGUACGUCCCAAACUCAAACGGCGGUCAGUACCCCGGUGUCUACAUGUUCUCGCAGGCUGCUCGUAUGUAUCGUCCGGUCAAAUACCUUGCCAACGACAGUAUGGACUUUGUGGGUCCCUUCGAGCAACCGUUCAUGGAGAUCGCCUGUUUGGAGUCCGACCUCAUCGCGGGCUUGUCGACCCAUAUCGAAUACACGCCCACCAACAUCCUCUCGAUCGUUGCCAACAUGACUCCCUUCUCCGACUACAACCAGUCACCUCGUAACAUGUACCAGUGUCAGAUGAGCAAGCAGACCAUGGGUACACCCGGCACAUCUAUCAACUACCGCACAGAUAACAAGCUUUAUCGUUUGCAAACCGGUCAGACCCCUGUUGUGCGGCCGCCUUUGUACAACGCGUACGGCCUGGAUAACUUCCCCAACGGCACAAACGCCAUUGUGGCCAUUAUCUCCUACACUGGUUACGACAUGGAUGACGCCAUGAUCAUUAACAAGUCAGCACACGAGCGUGGAUUCGGACACGGAACUAUUUACAAGACAAAGGUUCACAGUCUAGCUGAGCGUGACUCUCGUCGCAGCAAGUCCCGACGGGAGGUGACCAAGCUCUUUGGAUUCGCGCCCGGCGAUGAGGUUCGCGCAGAAGUCAAGUCAUUGAUUGACAGCGAUGGUAUGCCUCACGUUGGUGUGCGUGUGAAGGAAGGUGACAAGAUCGCCGCCUACCACAACGUUCGCUACGAUGCGGCCACGGACUCGUUCGUCAAUGUCGAUGGUAUCACGCACUUUGUCAAGUACAAGGACGCCGAGGCUGGAUACAUCGAGAGUAUCCGAAUCAUGGGCUCAGAAAACGGCAACGAGCCCGCUCAAUCGCUCAGUGUCAAAUACCGCAUCCCGCGUAAGCCUGUUAUUGGUGACAAGUUCUCCUCUCGUCACGGUCAGAAGGGUGUCUGUUCACAACUCUGGCCCGCGGUUGACAUGCCUUUCUCCGAGAGCGGCAUGCAGCCCGAUCUGAUCAUCAACCCUCACGCCUUCCCCUCUCGUAUGACCAUCGCCCAGAUGAUUGAAUCAAUGGCGGGCAAGGCUGGUGCCCUUCACGGACAUCCUCAAGACUGCACGCCGUUCCAAUUCUCUGAAGAGAACACGGCGACCGACUACUUUGGCCACCAGCUUCUAAAGGCCGGGUACAACUACUACGGCAAUGAGCCACUGUACAGUGGUAUCACGGGCCGGGAGUUCGCUGCCGAUAUCUAUAUGGGUGUGGUUUACUACCAGCGUUUGCGUCACAUGGUCAACGACAAGUUCCAGGUGCGCACGACGGGUCCCGUCAACGCCUUGACCGGUCAGCCCGUUAAGGGCCGUGCCAAGGGUGGUGGUAUUCGUGUGGGAGAGAUGGAGCGUGACUCGCUGAUUGCCCACGGUGCCGCCUUCCUCCUGCAGGAUCGACUGAUGAACUGCUCCGACUCCCAACACGCCUGGAUCUGCCGUGACUGUGGUUCGUUCCUGUCAACACAAGUGGCAGUCUCUGGUUCUGGCGCAUCUCGCCGCGCCGCAGUGAACCCUGGUGCGGCUGCGGCUGCGGCCAAGGUGGCUCCCAACCAGAACCUGGGUGCCGCCGCCACGACCGUUGGUGCUCUGGGUGGUGCCAACGGAAUUGUGCGCUGCCGUCGCUGUGCCCGCUCGGCCACCUUUGACGACUCGCGUGCGGAGGCCUGGGAGGAUGGUGAUGGGCAACGCUACGUCGGUGGUGACAACGUCACUGUGGUUGCGGUGCCUGGUGUGCUGCGCUUCCUUGAUGUCGAGUUGGCGGCGAUGGGUAUCCGCAUGAAGUUCAAGAUUGAGAACUAG